UUGCAUUCAUGGUUGAAAGUUGGUGUUUAUACGGGACAGUGAAUGGCAAAACAAGUAUGCCAUUCAUAACUGAUACCAGCUGUCACUCACAACUACUGCACUACAGGGGAUGACAGACGGAGAGAUACAGUGAUAGCCCAAAUCAAAAUAGCUCAAAAUAGACCAAGUUAUUGACUCCAGAUUUAAGAUAAUGAUUAUCAGUGCAGCAGAAACUUUAAACAACAACACAGUAAACACAGACGGCCUCCUGACCCAGCUUGAGUUUGUAGAUCAUCUGGAGUAAUCAUUUAACUGCAUUAGCUGAACAUCCACGAAGCUACAUCUCCUUCACCUUGAGGAUGAAGCUCUUAAGUUCAUUUCACUGUGACUGAGAUGAUUAUAUUAAAGUUGUUAGUGUAUUUCUGUUAAUUUUUUAUGAUGUGGCACUUUCUUUCAGCCUCUCUGACUCCACUGUAGAGAAACAGUUUGCUCAUACUGAACGUCCUCUCUGUGAAGCUGCUGCUGCAAAAAAACAAUCCUGAUAAAUAAUUUAUCCUAAUUAGGCUAUUCUGAUCCAGCGAGGAGCGAAGACACCUGAGUAGGACUGUGUCUGCUGCCACACACUUGCAUUUUUCAUUACCUUCUGGCAUUUCUACAAUCCAGCCAUAAUUUCUCCCACACAGCCGCACACUCACCCCACGCUUUUCAUUCCGCCUCUUUCUUCCACGCUAAUGAUAUUACCGUCCCUUCUGACAGAGAGUCUGUCUCCCAGUCCGUUAAUUAGCCCAACAUAAACCCCACAAACUGAGUCUCUUCAUGGCCGCUGCUGCCAUUCAGAUGAGAUGGCUGUGAUAACAUUACGGUGGAUCCUUGGUUACCCGGCGUCUGGAGGCCAGGGGCUUCACAGUGUCCAUAAAUUUACUCACUUGAUGAAAUUAACACUUCGUUGAACCCUGUAUUAUUGGAUUGGUUUGUGUGUUGGUAGAGGUCUCAGAGGAGGUUGGGGAGGAUAAACUGCAUGUGGAAGCAUCCAGUGAAAACAGACUCUUUAAAUCUGCUGAACUUCACGGGAGAAGUUUGGAAACUCACAUCCAAGAAAGUGUCUGAGGUUCACCUCGAUGAGCAACUUUCUCCCAGAGUUUUAAUCUAAAAGCAAAAAGUCAGAUAUUUGGAGGAAUUCACUUUUUUGCCCUCUGGCAGUAAGUAAAAGAUGAGAAAAUCAAUACUUCUCUCAUAUCUCUCUAUUAGAUAUACUUCCAAGGCUUCAGCAGCUUGGCUUAGCAGAAGACUUGAAACAGAGUAAAUAAGGAGCCCGGCUCCUUGUAGAGAGACAAGCCUCACUAAAACACACUAAUCAGAUUAAAGAUGAUGUACAUGGUCUGCACUGGGGUCCUACAUCAGCCUGUUGGCAGUCACUGCGCUUCAACAACCCACUGUCUGCACAUAAUCCCCCUAUUACACAGUUACUUUCCAAAGACCUAAAUGAUUCGCCACAAAAUAUCGACUUCAUUUUGUUUAUUCGAUAAGAAUUCCAAAUCAGGGAUUUAUCGUGUCUCUUUAUUAGGUGAGUUUUCUGCUGUCGUGCAAAUAUAAAACUCGACAAAGUUCUUGUAAAGAGUGUAGUUGUAGGGGUCAAACAAAAGACUCCUCCCCAGAACACAUCUCUUUUUGUCUAUUAUGAACUAAGAGUUAGUGUUGGCCGAUCAUUUUAUCAAAAUAUGAUUUUUCCCCCAAACCUGAGUGUCUUUUUUUUUUUUUUUUUUGCCAAUAAUCUUCUCAAGCUGAACCAGCUCAGAACCCAAACAGCAGUCUGCUGGAUGAAGAGGUCGAUCCAGACUUAAUUGACUGGGGUGACCCAACUGGGGCCAAGACUGAUUCAAGGGUGACCUAAAGUACAUGGUCAAAAACACACCAUUUAUUUAUCCUUUCUAUCGCAAAUCAUCAUAUCUGACAAGAAAGUUUCCAACAAUAUAAAUCAUGUUUCUGACAAGGCGAAUAGUCAGUCUUAGUUUGAGGUAUUGAGAGAUUUGUAGCUGGUUAUUAAACAUACUGAUAUUAACAAUGACACCGUUGUAUGUUUUCUAUGCAAAGCCUCAUCUGACACCUACCCAUAAAUGAACUUCACUGACUUACUCGUCCUGCACGACCCACAAAUACAAAGAAAACCAACAGCAAUGAAACUGACAAUUUCUAUAUUGACAUUUUGGGGCUAAAACACCACCUUUGCAUGUACAGGACAAGAUCAGCAAAGUGAUUAUCUGAUUUUUAUCCACCAGGAGGUGCCAAAGCUGGCCUGACUGCAAUAUUCACCAUUGUAUUAAACAUGCAUUUGAAAGACCAGCGCUUAUAUGACACUAUAAAUGUACAAACCAGGGUACAGAGUACAUAGUUGGUUUAUUUACUGUCAAAUAAUAAGGAAAGACAACUUUAAUGAAACAAAAGCAAGACACUAGAUUAUCUUGGCUUUUUCCCCCAAGUUUUUGAGAUGCGAUAAGCAGACUUGAAUUCCUCAACCAUCAGGGUGGCUUUUCAGAGCAAUGAGGGCUGAGCCACCCUGGGUACACUUUUGAUCUGCCCCUGGCCAGGUGAAUAAAAAUGUAGGUUUCCCAUCUAGUCACAACCAAUAAUGUGAAGAAAAACCUCCUCAAACUUCUGCUGGAUGAAAUGUCAAUUUUAACACUUUGGUUUUGUCCAGAUUUUCAAAAAAUAACAGAUAAAAUGAGAUUCAAGACGCCUGAUGUGAGAUGGUGGCUGAAUUUUGAUAAACUUUUCAAGGGAAAGUGAAGUACCUGCUGGCUGUAGUUUCAUAUUGAACAGAAAUGAUUGAGACUUGGCAUUGAUCUCCUCAUCCAACACCCUGACAGAAUAAGAACAAGCAUAUUUUUUAAAUUUCAGACUUCCUCUUUAUACUGUCUCAUAUAAUUAGCAUCUACCUCGGCAGCGUGUCUCAAAACUUGACUAAUUCAUCAAAAGAAGGAAAAAGUUUCUCCUCCUGGUGCUCUGCCAAACGGUUUUCAAACUUCACCUCUUAUCUUCUUUCAUUGGUGCGACUGAGCUGACAGUGCUGUGAAAUUCAGCUCCGUCUCUUUCUCCUUCUCUAAAUGAACAGCAGAGACAGAGAAUCAGCCAUUACACCACAAUAAAAUAAAUCUCCGCUCUCCAUUUCCAAACCUGGUAACUGCUUUCUUUUGCUCAUUCAUGAGCAGCUGGAUCAUUUGGUUAAUGUUUCAGAGAGGAUGAAAGUCCUCAGCAGUGCAAUGAGAAGCAGAGUUAGAGACGAUGAUGGCUCUGGAGGAGGAGGAGGAGGAGGAGGAGGUGACAUAGCAUCAGUGGGGGGUCAAGUUCAUAUAGAGAUAAUACAGAGACGUACAGGAGAGAGGUAGAGAGACAGAGCGAGUCUGUGGUUAGAAGAUUCCUGGAUUGAAUGAAAGUGAGAGAUCUGUGAAACUCUGCAGAAGGAGAGGAAAAUAGGAGCCUGUGGAGUGUAACAACUAUAAAUAAUGUAUCAGGGGGGCGUCCGCCACAUGCACUCCUCAUUUGAAGACACAAACUACACCUCAUCAACCAAAACAUCAGGGAGGCCCCAACACAGUGAGCAGCUGCAGCACAGCAGCCUGCUCCAGUCAAGUCUACCACCCAUCUGUCCCGACAACACUGCACUACACAGACUACACAUCAUUAGCAGUAAUAUUAUUAGUGUUUAAAAUGGAAAAUGUAAAGAAGGAAAUUAUUGUUUAAUGAAGCAAAUGCUAGAAAAUAAUACAGUGUUCAGGCUCUACUGUGCUGCAGGCUCCAGCUUCUGGUGCAGUUUCUUAUAUUUAUGAUCUUAUUAUGCAAUAAGAAAAUGUAACUGGAGUAUGUGCACUUACUCAAACUCUAAACUCAGUUAAAAAAGGUUAGAAAGCAAAAGGGUUUUUGCUUCCUUUAGGUGGUUUUCUUUUAACUGGUGUCUUGUAAUCAUGGGUUAUAUGAGAGCAGGAGAAGGAAAAAAUAUAUAAUUUUACAUUCCUAAAUCAAUGUAGCUAUAAAACAUAAACACUACGUCGUCACUGCAUCCUACAACGUGCGGCCUUGAACAAAAACAAGUAGUAUAGUAGUAUAUAGAUAUUCCGGCGUAAAAUUAAUUUAGGGUCAAACACACCGUAAUACCGAGUUAGACACCCCCUCGAGAGAUGAAUGUUGCCGACCGCUGGCUUCUUUAGUUUUACCAACUUUAGUGACGACCGCAGGAUAGCAAUACACAGCAGUCUAUGAAACCAUGGACAAACCUCAACCAAAACGCCACUCUAUAGCCACAAAUAAUGCUCAGAACAGCACCUAACUUCAUUAACAGAACAUAUAGGGUCCCAGCCAUAGUACUACAUCUUUUUAACUUUGCCUGAUUUCUUUAACAAAGAGACUAAACACAACUCACCUACUCUCUUCCAGCAGCCACUUGUUAGUAGCGAGACCUCGACCAGUCCAUCGUCGACUGAGGCGGGGUGACGCAGCUCAAGGAAGAACAUCUAUUAUUUUUUCUGCUGUCUAAUAACAGACAAUCAUGUCACCUCCUGUGAAUCUUUGUCACCUUCCCUGUGGCAGACUUUAAAAUUAAAACUACAACCUCUUUUGCUUGUUUAGGACACAUAAAGGCAUCAAUGACGAUUUCAGCAAAAAAGCCUCUCAUAGGGGCUUUAAUUCUCUUUAUAUGAAGACAGGUAUCAUGCAAUUGUCGGUCAUUAUAAUGCCUGUGAUUUAAAGAUUUUUAAGGAUGAAUAUGAGUAAAUUUCAGAGAAAACACAGAGCUGACUGAUGACAAGCUGUUACCCCAACUACACCUAUAAAAAAGUAGAAUAAAGUCGAAUGAAAUGAAGUUAAAUUAUGUAAAAUAAAACAAAUAAAGAUGUCCCCUGAUCGAUGUGAACAAGAACUGACCUUGCACAGAUGCUUUUGCUUUCAUUUAUUGGACAAAGAUAUUCUUAACUCAAUCAGAUUUUUACAGAAAGGACUUAAACCAAACUCAGCUCUAUGUGUGGUUUUUGUUUUAAAAUCUCAGAAUAAAUUAUAAUAGUUGUUUUUUAAAUGCUGUGAACUUUAAAGUAUUUUCCUUGCAGUGUACCAAGCAUUGUCCAGAGUACUCUACUCUACAGAGUUUUGCUCUACACCCCUGCAGGUAUGUAGGUAAAAAAGGAUAUUUGGCGCAUUUUGUAAUCCUAGUAAAGUGGUUGGAAUUUAAUGUCUGUGUUAAAAGCCUCUGGACCAUCUUAUCCUCCUCUGAAGUAAACAAAAACAAAGUUCUUUCGAUAUUAAAACAUUAAUGGUUGCAUCAGCAACAAUGACUCCAUGAAUCGUUAAUGUGAGAAGCUGCUCAGUGUUGUGCUGAUGUUACACAAACAUUCGGGGCCACUGGAGGUUAGCUUGGCCUGCACAAGAGAGAGGGAGAGAGAGAGUGUGUGUGUGUGUGUGUGUGUGUGUGUGUGUGUGUGUGUGUGUGUGUGUGUGUGUGUGUGUGUGUGUGUGUGUGUGUGUGUGUGUGUGUGAGGGGGAGGGGGAGGGGGUCUUUGGCCUGAAGCAAACUUGUUACUUUUUCUCAUUAACAGUCAAUAAAAAAAGCACACAGCGUUCCUGGACCUCUGUGUCCCUGCAGUGAUGCACUUUAAUUCCCGGUGAUGUUUCAGAAAGUGUAGCUUUGUGGUCUGAGGUCACACGGUGAUGAAUGAAUUAAUAAGAGAGAAAAACAAGAACAAAAACAUCAAACCUGAGGCUGGAGGACACUGAGGUCCGGAUUUAGAAAAACACUCAUUUUUAGGCUGAUGGUAACCUGCACAAACACGGAGGUUUCAGUGAUUUUCCUCUUGCUGCAUCUUCAUAUCAGCUGCAGGACUGUUCACACCCUGACCUGAGCAGCUUCUGUUACAGAGCACUGACACCUCGUGGUGAGUUGGGGUAGUACUGGUUGUAAAUGAUAGCAUGCAGUGGAAACACUUCAGCUGUGUGCAAGAAAGAAAUGGAUUAUAUUGGGUCUGUUUUUUUUUAUUCAACAUUCAGUUAUACAGAUAUGUAUGAAAGAGGAUUAGGGCCACAAAACCAGAAAAAAAUAAUUAGAGGUGGGAAAUUUUACUCAUUUCCAUUUCAAGGUUAUGGUUGAAAUUUCGAGAUUAAAAAUUGAAAUUUUGAGAUUAAAGUUGAAUUUUUGAGACUUCGAAUUGUUGUGAAUAAUGUCGAAAUUUUGAGAUUAAAAAAAAAAAAAUUUUGUGAAUAAAGUUGAAAUUUCGCGAUUAAAGUCGACAUGAAUAAAGUCCAAAUUUUGACUGUUUGGAAUUUCAACUUCAAUCUCGAAAUUUCAAUUUUAAUCUCUUUCCUGUUUUUAUUUUUUUCUCUUCAUAUGCCCGUAAUUCUCUUUCUUAGAUUUGUGACAAAAAAAGAGAAAAACUUUUGGGAUUUCUCAUUUUAAGUCAAAUCUUUGCAAAAGAUUUUUCAAGUUGACUAAGAGGAAAUCUUUCAAGAGACACUCACUGAGGUUACAUUUUAUUCACAUCAUGUUAUCCGAGCAUCUACAAGUGUUAUAUCUGUGCCUCUCUGCACAGUGUUUGUGGUCGUUUUAGCGCCCCUGACAAAGUGCCACAAAUCCACCUUUUCCUGAUUUUGUCCUGGGCUUGUGUAAAACUUUUUGUCAAGUAACAUCAUUAAAUUUAUUCUUUUUAAAGUCAUAUUUAUACUUGCAACUAAAAAUGUCAGUGAAAGGAAAGCUUCCUGCAACAAACUUAAUAUGACACCCAUGCAGCAGAAACAUCUAGACUCCAUAGACAUUACCAGUUUUGUAGUUAAUGGUCUUUUUUUUAUUCUUCUAGGUCAGAUGGAGCAUUAGUUGUAUCUUCCGUCUAUUUCAUAACCAGCUUAAAACUCUUCACAGGAGCUUUAAACAUCACUCCAAAAGUACGUCUUUAUUAGCCUUUUGUUACCUGCCCUGUAGAUGGUUAGGCCAGUUAAAAGAUUUAUUCACAAUAACAAAAAUAAAAAGAAGAACUCAAAAUAUGCUUCUGUUAAUAAUCAACCUUCAGGCCUCGAUGAAACAGACUGAGAGUAAAUGGAUUUCUGUUUUCUAAAAUUGCAUCCAUGCAGCCCACAGUUAUGUCUUUUUUUCUUGUGUUUUGGUCUUUCCCACUGGAGAUGCAUGGAGAGAUGUAAGGAAAGGAAAAGAGGCAGAGAAAGGCUGAGGGAAUACACAUAAUAAAAUGCACUCAGGGGCCGUGUUUGGUCUCUGUGUGUUCUCUGUUUAACAACCUGAACAUGAGGAACAACAUGCAGUCUGUUUGGUCUUGUCCAGCUUAGAACCGUAAAGACAGUUUUUAUUUGCAAAAUGUGCUGUUAGAGAAAAUCACAACACAUAACAAAUAUAGGACAUAUAUAUAUAUAUAACACUAAAAGAGGAUGCUCCUUCACAAGAGAUGCUUCAGUACUCUGCUGUAAAGAGUACAGAGAAGUGUUUUUAACUGUAAGGACUACUAAGAGCAACCUUAGCCUCGCAGUAACAGGGUCACAGGAGUACUUUUUCUUCUUCAAGCUCCGGGCCAUUUCAGAUACGUUUUUAUCAUUCGACAUUGUUCCCGCAUGUUGUUUGGUGUUUUGUUUCAGAGCUACACAAAGCUGCUGAUCUGGGUCAACACAGAGCAACACAAGUGAUGUUUGCGGGGCGGACAUGAGGUGUGGGCUUCGGUCUGGGAAACAUGAAGACUAUUUUCACACAGUUUUUAUUUGUAGAUUAAGCUGUGUUUUUUUUUAUGAAAAUAAUUAAAGUGCAAAUUAUUAUAAGUUGUAGCCUCAGCAAAAAAUACAACAAAGUCUUCAGCUCAAAUAUUGAUAUUAAAACAAUAGAAAGAAUAUAAAUUUGUCAGUGGGGUUAAAUCGAUGAGCAAAAUCUCUACAAACUGCUGUGAUAUUUUCACCAUAUUCCUGGAGACAUUUUUGUUUUUCUGUUUCUUGACCUUGUUUUCUUUCCUCUGGCUCCCUCAGAGCAGAACUGUCUGUACUCAGGUUUUCUUUUUAGGCUUUUACCUUUUAACGUCUCAAUGAAUCACAUAUUAACUCACACAUUAACUGUACUGACUGACUCCAACGACACAAAACUGACUUGGAGUCAGAUAUUCCAACCUUGUUUGUGUAUUUUUUUGAGCUUUUCACCUGCGGUGUUUCUGCAGCUCCACUCCUCUGAGAGAGCACAAUGAGGUCCCAGGGUGCUUUGCUGCAGGUCGUUUGUUGCUUCAUCACACUGAGCUGUUGUGGCACAAGCGUACAAUACAAAAUGAGAAGGAAAGCAAAGGCGGAUAGUUGAAAGAAAACAUUUCAACUAAGAGCGUUGAAAAAAAUUGUGUGCUACAAAUACGCUUUGUAUUAAAUCGUUUGACACUUGUAAACAGAAGCUCGCGGAGGAUUUGGCGUUUACAGCUGGAAUAAUUUUAGUUUUCCAUUAAGCCUGUAAGAUAAAAUAUUAACUUAUCCUUUGUGCUCAAACAUAAGCAAGCGUGACGUUUGUUUCAGACGUCUGACCUCAGACCCAGACAGAUUUUUUCAUCUCUAAAUUAGGGUCACUACAAUCAAAAUACAGCAGAUAUUUCAGUGAUUUUUACUGUUUUUCUCUUUGUAAUAUGACCAGAAAGUCAGAGGAAUCACUCAGUCUUUCUCCUCUUUCUGCUCUUUAAUUCUGUGAUGGAUGUGUGUCUUGUUUGCUCUCAUUGCCUCACAGUUUAAAUAAGAUAACAGUCCCCAGAGCUCAGGCUGGGCUCGGCCGUCCCCGCUGGGUGUGACGGCUGCCGGCACUCUGAGGGCAGACGGUGAAAUGUCAGUGAGACAGGCAGGAGAGUGGCAUGAAAGGAGCAGUGUUGACUUUUCUGCCCGAGCCAUUCACACCCUUCAUUCAUGAUGGCAGUCUUAUCUGCCACGGCUGAAUCUUCAGAGAGCACUUGUUGAGCUUGUCUGCUGCACUUGAUGACAGUUUCUGGUGGAAAAUUGCUGGAAAUAUCAGACUGAGUUGUGGGCUGGUAAUGUCAAUCACAGCUCUUUUGGGUUGUGUUUUAGGGUGCAUUCUGAAACCUGCCUUACCAGCCUGAUUGCCAUCUCUUUGUGGGAAGGUUAUGCAACAACAGAAAGCAGAGAAACAGAGCUUUGUUUGGAAACAGCUCUCUUUUAUGUGCUGUAAUUGAGCAGAGGUCAUUAUUCAGGUAAAAACUUGAAAAACUAGUUUUCUGUACAAAAAAAGAUUCAUGUUCCUGUGUCAAAACAGCAGUUGUGUUGUAGAAAGUCGGUGUGUGUGUGCUCAUACCUGUGUGUGAGAAUACACCUGUGUGUACAUGACCUCCACCCCCAGAGAGACAGAGCCAGCAGGAGGAGCAGGAGGAGGAGGAAGCAGAGUAGGAGGAGGAGUGGCACAGGUACACUGGAUAUUCUCGCUGGGUUUGAAGGAGGGAGGAGAUGAAACCUGGAGGACAGCAUGGCAACACAAACCUCAUAAAGACACCCAGUCACACCCAGCCAGCGGCCUCACUUUAGCUCCCACACCUGACAGCAGCAGGUUUCUGCAGCCGUCAUGCUCAGCCUCAUCAAGCUACCGCGAGUCUUCACCAUCAAUCAAGUCCCCAAAGUAAGUUUAACUUUUCUCAAUCUUUACUGAACUUUUAGAAAGUUUUAGCUCCUCUUGGACUGAGCUAAUGUGUUCAACAACUUUUUUAAGACAAAUUUUUAUUCACAAGUGUUAGUAAGAGUACUGAAGUGUGCUACUUUCUUUCCUGUUCUACCUCAUUAAACACAGAGUCAUUAGUACUCACUAUACCUGAGUGACUUAACUGAACACUGCAAAAACAUGCCAAAACUUCUGCUCUCAAAUUAUCUUAUCAGACCAAAUAUGGGCCACAAUUAACUGAUAGUUUCUGCCAUACGUUGUUUCAAGAUAUUAGAAUUGAAAAUUAGGAUUUCUGCCAAUAAAACAAGCAAAAUUUCAUUUCAUGUGUUGUUGGAAGAAACAUCAAAUUUUUUCAUGUAUUUGUUUUUGGCUUUGACUCCCUGAUUUAGAGGAUUUGAUGUGGAUUUGGAGAAGUGGGAAACCUGCUUUUAGCCGGGGCUGCCUGUUCUGUAGAUGACAGCAUCCUCACAUAUAGUGCUUAAUUUAACCACUCAGCCAAACUGCCUCCACAGUAUUUUACAUCUUAAGAGCUGAAGAAGUUUUCUUUCUGCACUGCCGCACAUGUCGAGUCUAAAGAGAUAUUUUGUGAGACUUACUUGCAAACACUUUUCUUGCUCGUAUCUUUCUUUUAAUCAAGAUUAUUUUGGGCUUUUUGCCUUUAAUAACAAAACACCUCGAGAGAUACUGAGCUGUAGGAUGACAAAGAAGGGAUGAUGUUCACCAAAUCUUGCUGGAUCUGGGAUCAAUCCUGAAACCAGAGUGACUCAGACUGCAGCCUCUGCACAAAAAGUCAGCUAAGCCAACUUUCUUGCUCAUGAGUAGUGUAAAGUUGAUUUAGACAAAAGAUAAUCAGCAAAAUCUGGUGUAAUGUCAACCUAUGAAUAAUUAUUGUUCCUUGUUGCCUUUCAGUAUAAAUAUGAGAUAAAGUAGGGUAAGCGAUUAGACAGCAGGUUCACUGAUCAUGUUGAAGAGCUGUUUGUGUGACUGCUGGAGACUGAUUAAGGUGUGGAAAACUUGCACACUUUUUGCACGAUGUUCAACAAAAAAAGUAGAAACACCGCUGGGCCUUAGCAUCAAUCACAUUCAGGUGCUUUUUGGAAACCUGAGGCCUUGGGCAAACAUCAUGCAACAUGCAACAAUCAUAAAGCUUGUUGCACGGGUAAAAAUACUCAAUGGCCCAGAUGGAGACCUGGGUCGGUUUCAACACAUUGGCUUUUUGCCUUUAGGCACUUUUAUUUCCCACCAAGUCAAAAGUACAUCUUGGUUUUUCUUUUUUUGACACACUUCUCCUUUUGACCCAUGCACCUUCCCCAUCCAAGAAGAAACAAACUUGGAGAAACUUAUAUACGAAGUUAAAAACUGCCAAACUGCCUUUCGACUAACUCUAACUUUUUUUUUCUCUGGAGGUUUUCCAUGAGGACAGCAUCAUCUCGGGCUACAGACACCCCCGCAGCUCUGCCACUGACUGCAUCCUCAGCCUCUUCCAGCUGACCAAUGAGACGCUCAACAUCUGGACGCACUUCCUGCCCACCUGGUAUGACUAACAACACUUCUGCACAGUAGGCUACAAUGGUUCUGUUUGAGGUUUCUUAAAAAUGCAUGUCAUACCUGCAAUGUGUUUGUUAGUCUUACAACAAGUGACACACCUGAGGGCACAUUCACAACAGACUGCUGCUCUGCAGGCAGGUGGAUGAUUGUCACUUUUGUACGACGGUUGAGGUGAAGCUGCAGAGUUUUCAACCUGUAAUGACAGCCGACAUCCUCAGUGAUUGUGGAUUCUUCAGAUUCUCUCUAAACCAAAGCAGGGGGCUUCAGUUUUCACGACAGUAAAAAAGUAAUUCCUCAUGUUCAAAGAAUCUUGCACGGCUUGUGGAGCUGGUAGGUCAGGGAGUAAUCCAGAUUUUCCUUAUAGGGUUUUAUCGUGAGGUUUUACAGUUUGGCAUUUUCUGGAGUCAAGGUUUUGGCUAUUACCUCACAAAGACAGAGGAUUUAUUCGAUUAGACACCGCUGUUACGGGACUGUCAUUGAUUUUGCCGCACAAAUCCAGAGUUACAGUACCUUUCUGCUCAGGAUUCUUGUUUGAACUCCAUGAAAACAAGUAUGUCUAUAUUUCUAUAAAUAGCAGGAGAUCAUUAGACUUGUCAAAAGGUUGUUGUGCGUACAAUAGACCGUCACCAGCAGAGUUGUAAAACUUUCAACCAGACUUGUUGCUUUUAAUCUGCAUUAACUGAAAUAACAUAAGAGGGAUUGUGCAUACAGACAGAUUUGUUUUGAAGCCAUACAUCCAAGCAACCAUGUGGAUACCAAAGACCUCCUGCAGAGUCACAGUGCUGCUCAGCCAACAGACUUUCAUGUGCAGCUUGCUUUGAGUUCAAUACGAUCCUCAGUUGCCUCACAGUUUGCUUUCAUUUAUUCCGAUCCAUGCAGCUAUCCUACUUUGUCCAAACUUUGUCCUUUUUUUAAUCACUCGAUGAAAGUGGUGAUAGAGGUUUGUUGUAUCUAAGCGCCUCAGAUGAAUCAUGCUGGUCUGAUGAAUAAAGAACAUCAAGCAUGCUGAAGUUAAAGAGUCCACUUCGGGGGUUAUUUUAAACAUGUCAGACUCAGAUUUUACACUGUAGCUGUUGUUGAGUUUAGGGCAGGGCUGCUUUCUUUAUCCCGCUGGAUUACUUUGCAUUGUUGUACAGGCAGAAGCGUUAACACGUCACCUCUUGCGUGGUUUGUUGGGCCCUGCUAAGUCCAUAUCAUUUGAUAUGACGUAACGUUAAAUUUUCUCUUAGUACAGGAACUGAUCCCCAAAGGGAAGUUGACAUGGAUGUAUAUUUAAGGCACUGUAUGUGGCCUGGGCAUGGGGGUAUUCAAGGCUCAGGUGCGCAUGAACAGGUUUCAAAAGUAGCCUUGACAUCAAGGGAGUGUCUCCUCGCUCAGAGAGCAAAAGUUAAAUUUAUAUCUGGUCAUUUUCUAUCACAAAGGAUUUGAGUCACCACCCUGAGGUUGGGAAUCACUGCUCUAUAAUAUGAGGACCACCUCUUCACUGACAUUUUCCAUAUGUCCCUGUAAGACAUACUGUGAGGAAACCAAGCAGACAUGAUCCCGUAAAUGAGCACUCAAGGAUCUGCACAGUCUCAGUAUGCAAAUGAAACAUUAUCACCACAACCAGAGCCAUCUCAAGCGUGUGAUCGCCCACACCAAAAGUCACUAAGUGGAAAUCAACAAAUUAGUCCACGCACACCUGAUCCUCAAAUAUUCAUGCAUGAGCUACAUAGUGGUGCAUUUUAGAGAAAUAUCCGUGAGGGUCAGCCCUCAAACAGGAGUGUUAGGAUGAUUUUCUUGUCAGCUUUUCGGGUGAUGGAGCUGUGUAACUCAAAUACCACAGAUAUUUUGGUGCAAGAUUCCUGAAGCCAUGGGCCUCCGAAAACCAUCCUAAACGAGGACCUUCUACACUUGUUUAACAUCAUUCAGGCUCCAAAGCUACGUUGUGCUUUGUUAUUACCCUACAUGGACUCUCCUUCAUGUCAACACGAUGGCAGCAGAAUGUUUGGAAACGUGGUCGGCUAUAUAAACCAGAACAGUCUCAGACCAGUCUUUGUUACACUUGUGGAUUUGCAACCAAUUCGUCAAACUAGCCAGUUGACCUUCCAUUCUUUAAAGUGUGAACCUUGGCGAAGCAUCCUUAUAAUACGAUACUAUAGGGUACAGAUAUCUAAUUGGAGAAUUAGUCUCAGUAUGUCAGAGGAGCCCAAACACUCUGAUGCUCAGGCUGUUACAGUGAAAAGGCAACACCUCUAAACACACCACUUCCUUUUGAUUCUUGGAUAUUGAUCAACCAGCAUUCACAGUGAGUCUGGCUGUGGCAAAGUGACUAAAAGUCUUGAGAAAACCACCAUAGAUGACUCAUUGUGAUGUGAAAAUGUAGAAAAUAGAAUAUGCAUGUGUUGUAUACAUGUCUGCUGAGUGGUUUUAACACCAAAAAUACUCUGCAGUUUAUUUCUGGAUUGCUUCCCGUUUGCAGUAAAGUCUUAAAUGAAAAAGAUGAGGUUUUAGAUCAUCUAAUAGGACCUGUGUGUGCAGAUGAACAGGUGAACGCUGAAGCAGGAAAAGCAUGCAGGUGAAAUCCCUUUACAAGCUCGCAGCGACUCUGUAACUUAUUAAGUCUUUUGUUAGUGUGCAUGUGUUUGUGUUUUACUUCUACUACAGUAGUUCCCGCUCCCACCAGCCACUCUGCACUUCCUCCCUAUUGAGAUGCCAGUUGCUCUGACUGCAUGGUCCGGGGAGAAAGUGUGUGCGCACGUGUGUGUGUGUACAUGUGUGUUGAGGAUACACUGAGGACCACAUGGGUGUUUGUGUCAUGGGGCUCAGCAUAGACCUACAGGCUGGGCGCUAAUGAGCAGUGCUGUGCUCAAGGCUUUCACAAUUAGUUAAAUGCUCACUGACGAGGAAAAGCACAAAUAAUGUUGAUUUGUUAAUGAGGUGCACCAACGCGUGGAAACUGUGGCCGUUACACAGAUACACUUCCACACGAGGUGAACUACUUGGCUGAUAAGACCGAGCUCUUUGUGUUUGCUGUUGCCGUUAAGCCUGGUUUUACCCUCAUUGACAUGUACUGACAAUCCGGGAAGAUGAGCCCAGUAUGAGUCUUUUUAUAGGGAAUUAAGAUACUUGGUUAAUUAUCAGUCCCAGUCGUUAAAGUGUGGGAAAUACUAGAGGAAGCGUGUGUGUGGAUGAAUGCCACAGAGAAAGCGUAUUUUUAUAAGAAGCUGUGUUUGUUUUUCUCUUUCUUCAUCCUUUGGAGUUUUAUCUUAUUAAAGAGUCUCACGCUCUGCUUGGUUCAGUGUUGUCUGUUGCCUCACAGUAAGCAGCUUUAGAUGGUCUGCUUUGUUUUGGUUGACCAGAAGGUUGUCUUUCUUUGUAUUUCUAAUCAUUUGUAACCACAGCUACGAGGCAGGUGUCAGUCAAAGUGAGUGACAAUAAAGCCAGGCACUGAUUUUUUAAGAUCUUAACCCAGUUUAAAAACGUUAAAACCCACUAACGAUGACAGAUGUUGACAGAUUCAGCAGGUUUGUUGUUGAAGUGUGUGUUGUGCAGCAAUAUGACAAGUGUGCUAAAAACACACACAUAUUACAAUUACCAGCAGCUAGUCCCGACUCUCAAAACAGGAAAUUUCACAAAAUCUCUUGUGGUCAAACAUGAUUUUUUGAGUAAACAAACAUGGCAGACGACAAGACUGUUGUCGAGCCAAACUUUGGGAACUGUUCAGCUAUCUAGUCGUAUUUUCUGUUCAACUCCUCUCCCUUUUAGUUCCACUGAGGUAAAUUUUACUGAAUGUAAACACUUGUUUCAACAAGUUGGUCCUCUAUUUUUUAUGUCCAUCUAACUUCUUGCUUUGUGUUUGCAUUUGUUGCCACUGCUGGUUGUUUUGUUUUCUUCUUCAUUGAGUUCACUUUACGACUGACAAUCCACAGAGUUUGUGCUUGGCCAUCCUCAGGGUUCCCCCUGUCACUAUCAAACAAGUUCAGUAUUUACUAUUUCAAAUUGGUGUGGCCUCCAUCACUGAGUAGUUCAAGGGCAGUAAAGCAAACAAAAUAAAAUCAGAUUUAUUCAUAGAGAACAUUUAAAAACAUGAGAAAGACAUAACACAACACACACAACACAUCGUAUAGGUUGAAAAUUGUGAACCUGUUGGAAUAUCAAUGCUCUUAUUCUGAAAGGAAAGUAAAUAAAGAAGAGAUAGGUCUUCAACAAUGCUUUAAAAUAUUCAAGAGAUCCUGACUAAGCAAUGCCAAGGGUAAGGGAUAGCUACUGCAAAGGCUUGAUCACCCCUGGAUUUCAUAGGCAUAUCCAGAAGCAGCUGAUUGGUUAACCUUAGUAAACCAGUGCCAUUCAGUUUAGAGCCUCAAAGGUCAACAAUGAAAUUCCCAAACUGAUGAUCCUGUGAUAGACCGAAGAGAGAAAGAGCAAGCAGCACAGGUGUGUCGUGGUCACUCUUCUUCUAUUGUCAGGAGGUGAGCAGCUGCACUUUGAAUAGCUGUGGGUAUCAAAUAGAUGUCUGCUUUAAGUUCACAUAUAAAGACUGACCAUAAUUGUGACAAGAUGUUAUAAAAGCAUGUUUGAACUUUUGUAAAUCCAAAGGAAGGAGACAGGCCUUAACUUUAGCAAUCAGUUAACAGGAGAAAUCUUUGAAACACGGUAAAGAUUAACUCUAAGGCUCUCAACAAAGAAGGAAAAUAACAAAUUCUUCAACCACUAUGGUUGAUAUCUAAAGGACUGUGAAGGCCGAAGUGCAAUAUUCACGGUCCGACAGUUUAAUCCUUUUUAACUAGUCAGGCCUCCCUCAGGUUUUCUGCUUGUUAGACAUUACGCAUCCAUUUACUCAGGGGUUUUUCUUAAUUGUGUAUUUCAUCUGCAUUUUUCAACGCUCAUUUAAUGCUUCCAUCAUGUAGGAAGGUCAGGGGUUCAAAUCCACGUCCUACAGUCCAAAUGCAGAAGUAUGAAAGUCACUUGACCCCACCCACCCCCAGUGGUGUGUGAAUCGGGUUUGUCAAAAACUGAUGGGCUCUUUACAUAGCAGACAGGACCCUAGAGAAAAUAGAUUAAAACACUGUUCAUUUACCAUCUUCAACCUUUCUUUUCUGACAGGUACUUCUUAUGGAAACUAGUGACGGUGGUGUUAAUACAGAGAGCAUGGCAGGACUCUUUCACUUGGCCUCUGCUCAUCUUCCUGCUCUCCUCCUGCAUUUAUCCGCUGGCAUCCAGCUGUGCUCACACCUUCAGCACCAUGUCAGCCCGAGCUCGACACAUCUGCUUCUUCUUUGACUAUGGAGCCCUCAGUUUCUACAGUCUGGGUGAGUAUGUGGUUCACUUUGACUUUUAGAUGGGAUCCACACUCUAAAAUUUUGGGUUUUAUUUAUUGACCAGAAAUUCAAAGUUGUUGUUUCUCUCCCUUUCUCUCUACAUGAAGACAGAAUAUUAUGCAUACUUUUUCUAAUGACUAAAAAAAAUGAAGGUCUGAUCAGUUUAUAAUUUUCUCUGUGGUUGUUGUGUCCUACUGCAGGAUCAGCCGUUGCAUAUUCAGCUUAUGUUUUCCCGGAUAAAUGGGUGAACAGCCUUUUCCACAGGAGCUACGUCCCUAUCGCUGUGCUCAACACUGUCAUCUGCACUACUCUGUCCUGCUACUCAAGGUACAGUGACAUGAUUCAGUUUUAACAGAUAAAACUCAGAUAGCAUCCAUAUCCAAAAGAAGAUAUUUGAACCUCUAUUAGACCAGGUUCUGAGCCACAAUUUAGAUUUGUCAGAUCUGGACUAGAUUAUUCUCGAGAGUUUACACACGUUUUAAAACACAGUUUCAGAUUUUUUGAUUUUUGAUUUUUAUUUUUUUAAGCUUUUUUAAAAAUGCAAAAACUUCUGUUUUAAAUUCCUUUUAUCACCUCUGGACCAGACUGAAUAGACUGAAGAGUGACAAAUACUGAUUGAAUAUUCUCAGAAUUAUAAUCAACUUUUUAAAAUCACAUCUUUUACCAAAUUCAUGGUCUUAAAAGUAUUUGAUUGAUCAAGACUUGGUGAAGUGAUUUUGCAUCAGGAACUGGUUUUGUUAACUCUUGCUUCAGCAGCUGAAUCAGAAGCUGCAAAUCAGAUGGUAGCCUAAUUUUGGCUAACUUUGGUUCAACAAUAGGGGGCUAAAUAAUUAUUCUCAAAGGUGAAACCCUGUCAGUGUAUUGAAAAACAGGAGAAUUUAACUUUACUUGCAGUGGUAUCAAAUCUGCUUAACUAUCCCAACAUUUUUAACACUUCUUAAAUUUGAAUACGGACUGACAAAGAAGGCUAAACGCUUAAUGUUCAAGAUUCUAGCAAACCUAAUUGUUUAUCAAAUUAUGGUGGUAAAUAACCAUAAAAAAGUGAUUCAUAUUCAGAUUUUCAAUCACACUAAGUUCCAUAAAUUAGUAAAUGCAUGUUUGCAAGCAAGUAGUUUCUGUCUAGACCUGUUUAAUGUUGUCAUGAGAACAUAAAAAACAUAUGUGCCAAAAGCUGCCAUGUUGCUUACAUAAUCAUUUUCAAGUGCCAAAAGUGACAUGUUAAAUUUUAGUAUGUUAACGCCCAAUAAGUUGGAGAGAACUAACAAUGAUUUCACCAUCAGACAGUUCUGAUCAGUUUCAACAUUAACUCUCACUUACUUGGUCAAUCAAACAUUUAACAAGAAGUGAGAAAUACUGAUUGAAAUUUCUCUGAUUCAUAAUUAAGUUUUUAAAAUCACAUCUUUUAUCUAAUCCACAGUUUUAACAACACUUUCUUCACAUAAAUUGCAUAAAAAAUUGAGAAAUCCUCACAUUCAAGAAGCUUGAACCACUGCAUGUUUGAAAUUCUUGACAGAUAAUGGCUGCAAUUAUUAACUGCUUCCCCAAACAAUUGCAAAAAUUAUUUCUUUUGUUAAACAAAUCCGAUGAUUGACGACUCUUGCAGUUAGUUGUUUGGUGAUGACAUGUCUCACUAACCCUGAUUUUCUCUAACUUGAUACUCUACUUACUGCUGAAGUGAAAGAUGGAAAAAGGAUCAAGUUCCUACUCAGUUUUCCCUCAUCUAAGUAACUAACAAAAGUGUCGUAUUUGGUGGCUUUAUUCCAAGAUUUCUUCUUACGUCAGUGUCAAUCACAUUAAAGCUUAACUGACUUGUAUAACUAUUAGAUAAUCACUUACCUCUAAACUAACAUCUUUGUUGAUGACGACAUUUUGAUUAUACAAAUCUGUAUGUGUUCAUGACUCACUGCAGUAAUGAUAAAUGAUAAUAGAGUGAAGUUUAACAGGACCUUUUUAAUCAGUAAUACCCACUCUGAGUCAGGACAGCAUCGUUACACUUCUGCCAUCUUGCGCAGAUUUGCCACUGUUAGCACUGUUUUAUCUUUGUGUAUUUUGAUGUCGGCUCGGUGUGGCUAAUUGUUGUUCUUUCACUCGUCUUCCCCCUCUGCUAAGGCUUGGCUUGCCAUUUCUGCAAUAUAACCAUGACACCGUGACGAGGUAAAGACUUGGCAUUGGCCUGAAAUCUGCUCUUCCUUUUGUUUCCAUCUUCUGUCCUUACCUUGUUGUGCUUUAGAUGAUUGUGCAAUCGCACAUUAAACAACUGCAACCUCAUCUUUGACAAAUGAGUCAUCAUGAUGUCUUUAAGUCUUCAAACAGACUUCAUCCCACAGCCUUGUGUUGGCAAAGUUUUUCAGGCAGAGUUAAGCAAGUGACUGUUGAAUUGGUGUUACACAACCGUGAGCAUAGAGACCAACCCCAACAGUGAUUUACUCUGAUCGGAGUUUCAGUCAAACUGGUUAGAAGACAUGACAGAAAAGUGGUUUAACAUGUUCUGUGGCAACCAAACUGUAAGAGCACCAAAAAGAGCUGGUUUGCUACAAAUUUUACAUGUAAAUGUAUUUUUAGAGGAAAUUAUUAUGAUUUUGACCUUGUAAUAAAGUAAAGACUGACCACCCAGUUUUAAGCAGAAAAAUAUGACAUGCUUGGGAAAUGGCAUUGCAGCUGUGCUCAUAUAGGUUCCUAGAUAACCAUGGCUUUAAUAAUCUGUGAGUUAGUUUAGUGUUUCAGUAAAAUGUUAUUGAAUUAUAAACAAAUGUGGUGUAAUUAUGGCAGUAGCUGCAGCUAUCCCUUUCAAGAGGUUUCCACUCAGCUUCCUCCACAGCUGUUUAUCCACCAAUUAUCCAGGAGGAUUUCACAGUCAAUAGAAGUUUCAUGUGUCAGUUUUGAAAACAAACACAAACGUUGUUAUCCUUUUAUUUCAGAUUCCCCGAGUUCCAGAGACCCAAGUUCAGCAAAUACCUGCGUGUUGUGGCCUUUGCCUACCCCUACCUGUUCGACAACAUUCCUCUAUUUUACAGGGUAGGAACACACCUGUGCAUGUGGUGCACCUGUCUCUUUAAAUAGGACAGGUCUGGAUGUGGAUAUCAGGAUAGAGUCCUGGGCUUGGAGUGUACUGAGUAAAUAUGAGGAAGAUGACCAGAGAAGUGUGAGAACUUGUUUUUAUAUGAGAAUAUCAGCAAAAAAUGUUAAUGAAUAAUUUUGGCUUAUGCUUUUCUUAACUUGGUUAUAAAAGUAAUGUUUUUACAAUCACUAGAUAUGCUGUUUUUACCAAAACCCUUGAUUAAAAUACGUACUUCCACUGACUUGACAACUGAACUUGCAUAUUAGCAGUAGCUGAUAACACAGCAGCUAACUGAAACCCUAUGAAGUGAUCCAUGCCCCAUAAAGAAGGUGAUGAUAUGGCUUCCACUUCAACAUUACCGUGUCACAAUUUCAUUUGCACAUUUAGGCAUAAAUAUAACCUAAGCAAGGAUCUAGACAGGAAGGGAGAACAUGGAUACAGGUGCCAGAGGCAGGGUUUUUUUUGUAAUCACAAUGUAAUCGUUUGUGUCGUUGUAUGCUUUUUAUUUGCAGGUGUUUCUGUGUGUAGGGGAAGGCUGUACAGACAAUGAAACCAACAUCCUCCACCUCUACCACAUCUCCUUGGCUCUCCUCACUGGCUUUCUUUUUGCCACCCAUUUACCCGAGCGCCUGGCACCUGGCAGCUUUGACUACAUUGGUAAAACUGACCACCACAGUCUUUUUUUGUUUGUUUUUAGCAUGAACCCUUGAUCUGACCGCCCUGGAGUACAAUAGAGAGAUUUCUGCUGAGUUUGCUGCUCCUCUCAGCUGUACAGUGUUUCAGCCUCUUGUUUUAUAAGCCUUUUUCUCGCAGAGCAUUUUUUUCCUGAGAAAUAAAUAAUCAAAAAGAAAGAUUAAGCCCAAACAUCUUUAAACAGUACCCCUCUGGCACAAACAGGCAUACUGACAAAGUUUAAGAUUAACAGUUUAGUUAACAGGAUGGAGUUUUUACUGUUAUAGCAGAAGAAUCCAACAUGACUCUAAAAAAGACAAAUUGCUUCGUAGAUUUUUUAUUCAAAUUUCUCCUCAUUUGGUGGCCACGAAACAAAUACUUUCAUCAUGCAUUGAAUGAACCUAUAAUUUAAAUAAUAUAAAUACAUCGGUUCUGUUCACACCUUAUUAUACACUGCCCCCAAGUGGCCAAAAAAUUGUUUAGCAGGUAUGAACUACAAACGCUUGAAAUUACUUUGUUUUUCUGUUAAGUGCUUCUGUUUUUGCGGCUCACAUAUUGUCUAACAUUGUUACUGAUCAUUUAUAUGUAUUUGUAAUUGUAACUAACUUUGAAAUGACUCUGACUGACAAUAUUUCAGUACACUCAUGUAAAGAGGAUUUUUGAUGGAAAGUACAUUUCAACUCUCCAAACUCAGACACAGCUUUUCUGCCCCCUCUGCAGGUCACAGCCAUCAGCUCUUCCAUGUGUGUGGCAUCCUUGGCACCCACUUCCAGAUGAAAGCCUUAGAGCAAGACAUGAUGAUAAGGCGCCCCUGGCUGCUUGAACACUCUUUACCCAUCACCUUCACCAACUCACUGGGUGCUGCGAUAUUUUGUGUUGUACUGAAUCUGGUUAUCAUCGUCCUUUACAGUCUACCACUCCUGUCUGGCCCAGUCUGCAAAGAGAAGAAACAUGAUCUACGUCCCAAAAAGUCCUCAGCCAAGGUCGGCCGCUGCUGUUAGAUAUGGAGCUAAGGAGUCCCAGCUAGUAACAAAGCAUUCACAGGGGAGAAAUUACAUUGUGAGUUAUACAAAUUUAUAAUAGAGAACACUCCUAGGCUGUAAGGACCUUUGUCAAAGACCAAUAAACUGUCUGUCUGCACUGAACUUAUGCUGGUAAUGGCCCACAGAUAUUUCUGUCAUGUCUGCUGUAAAAUAUAUGGGUAAAGUGAAAAGGAGCAAAAGUUACACAGAAAAUUAAACAAAUUAUUUGUCACCAUAAAAUCACUAUUUUUUUUUUUUCUGAAAAAGCUCUUGUUUGAUAAAAGCAACAGCUGAGCUAAAUCUUUGUGAUGCUUAUUUAUUUGUUUAAAAAAUUAUAUUUUUUAUUCAGUUCUCUGAUUUCCACACAUGUGGGUUAUGAAGGGACCAUAUGCCGCAGGGAACAAAAACUUUUUACUUUCAAAAAGAAAGUUUUUACUGGUGUUUUCUAUUUGAAAUCAAAACUUUUGAUAUUUAUAACUUGAUAACUUUUAGACAGUCUUUUGGACAGUUGCUUAAACAUGUCAAGACAAAUGAUACAGUUAUGACAAGGAAAGAAAAAAAAUAUCUACUCUUGAGUUUGCACUGCCUGAAAACAGCAAUUUAUUUAAUGAAAAGUUAACGUUCUGUUAAUGUAUGAUUUGUCAAUAUGAGUAGAUAUGUUUUCCCGGUAUGAUUGCUGUGUCUGUUCUCUUAGUCUGUCAUGAUAUGUCACAUUGUUACUUUGAUGUAAAA